AAAAAUAUGAGCGGAUACAAUCAAAACUACGGUGGCCAAGCAGCCAGUUAUCAAGGCGGUGAAGCCGCAAGCUAUCAAGGAAGCUCUUCCAAUCAAGGUGGCUAUAGCCAACAAGGAGGCUACAGUCAAGAUGGUGAUGAUCAUUUCUCCUCCACUCUCUCAAGAGUUAUGGGUUCUAACCAACAACCUGCCGAGGAUCACGAAAUUAGAGCUGCUCACGAGUCUUAUGAACAAGUUAUGAAUAAUCCCAACCAAAAUAACUCACCUCAAGCUAUCGGUAACGCUGCUGCUGUCCAAGCUUUAGAAAGAAGUCAACAAAGUGGUGGUGGUAUGAGUGAUAUGAUUAGUAUGGCAAUGUCUCAAGCUGUUAAGCUUUUGGGAAAUAGCAACGGUGGUGGUAAUGCUCAAGGUGGUCAGGAUAGUGGUAAGGGACAAGCUAUUCAACAAGCUGCUAUGAUGGCUGUCAAGUUGUAUAUGUCUAAGCAAGCAGCCGGUGCUGGUGGCCAAUCUGGAAACAAUAGCGCCAGUAGUGGUGGUAUUGGUAGUUUGUUGGGUAUGCUUAUGGGCUCUGCUUCGGGCGGUAACAAUAACCAACAACAACAACAACAUCAACAACAAAACAAUCAAAGCAGUGGUGGUAUGGGUAAUAUUGGUGCUAUGGUAGGAUCUCUUCUUGGCGGUUCAAGUGGUAAGACCAACCAGCAAUCCCAAAGCAAUGAUCCUUAUCACGGUUAUGGUGCCCCUCCCCAAAACAAUAAUCAACAAUCCCACAACAAUAAUUAUCAACAAUCUCAAGGUAACAACUAUAAUCAAGUACCCCCUCAAGCACAACAACAACAACAACAAGAUGGUGUAGAUUAUGGGGCAAUUGCAUCUGGCUUGAUGUCCAAAAUGUUCAAGAAAUAAUCAAUAUGUACCAAUAAAAAUAUUAUUUAGUGUUAUGCUUAUAUUUAUCAGAUGAUUGGUUUCGUGAUAUACAAUGUGUAACCCAAAAAUACGUCUUGGAAAUGCCCAUAUUGGGAAAAGUGCCGUGCGG